AUGGGGAUAACAAAUAGCUUUAGACGCGUUGAAAUAUACACAAACCCGACGUUUGUACAAGACAAUUGCGACACAUUCGACGUGGUUCCCGGGAAACUUGGAGACAAAUGGCUGGUGUCCUGUCUCGGGGUCCUGUACCUCAGCAAGGGGCUGUUUUACAGAGUGGUUCCAGCUGACCAGCGGAUGGACACACCUUAUGCAGGAGUCUUCAGGUUCAGACUAUGGUGGUGCGGACAAUGGCUUGAAGUAUUGGUGGACGACCGGCUCCCCACAGUCAACGGAAAGCUGGCCUUUCUGCAGACCAGCCACACGGGUCAACUGUGGCCUGCCCUGCUAGAAAAGGCGUAUGCCAAACUACACGGGUCAUACGAGGCCUUAAAGUACGGCAGCCUGCUGGACGGGCUGGCAGACCUGACCGGCGGUAUCACGGAGUCAGCGGUGCCCGGCGCCGAGACCACCGACGCCGCGUCACUGGCCAACCUGCUGACCACCACCAGUGUGGUCACUGCUCACCACUUCCCUGCUGUAAUAGAAGAGAAAAUAAAAGGGCUAGAGCUGGAAAUGAACUACAGAAUAUACAACAUUGAAAAGGUAAGGUAUUUGCUUUCGAGUUUGAAAUUUUUUAAUACUUUUGGUACUACAAAACUUCAUCACGCGCCCGAUAUUUUACAAGGCUCAUUUACACUGCACGAAAUUAGCCGAGUCAAGUCAAAAAAACAGUGGAGUGGGAAUGAAAGAUUUUUUAGAUAUCCGAGAAAGGCAUGCUGCUGGAAUAAAUUAACAAAUAUUUCAGGUCUUACGCAGUUGUGAAAGGUGCUAUUUUGCAACGAAUUAUAAUCUCAUGUGCUAUGAACUGAUCAUAAGGCUUUUAAAAGAAAAACAAACACUAUCCCGAUAGAUCCUGUCCAUUCUAUUUAGCGGCUAAUGGGCGCCCACUCGUUAUUAAUCCUGACUAGUGUUGAAAAAAUGACUAAAGCGGCUGAAUUUGACUGACCGUCAUUUACGGUUAAAUUGGUCAAAAACGUCAAA